AUGGGGAAAGAAAUGACAUCUCCAGAUCUCUUGGGCUCAUCUGACCCAGAAAUUACUGUUGUUUAUGUGUUUAAACCUGAACUGUACAACAUAUAUGAAUUAUUUAACACUGCUGUCUCCAUUUAUAUUACAGGGAAUAUUCCCUCAUGGAAGGGAUUUUGGUGUUGCGAUAAAAAGAGAGCAAAUGGUCAAUAUACCAAUGUGUCUACACAAGAUUCAGAAACAAAGACAAAUAAUUAUGAACCCAAUGGGGGGUGGCCCAUUGAUACUGUACAAAAUGUCAAUGAAAAUGAGAGCAACAAAGAUGGUGACGACAAACAAACACAGCAGCCGUUGCCUGGAGUUACCAAUACCAAUAUAAUAGCUGAAGUUGAAGGUGAAGCUUCGCCCAGAGUUAACGAGGAGAAAGAUGCAUCAGAGAAACCAAAGGACCCAGACUGUGACCCGUCUAUAGUUUCUGCUGAGGUGUCGAUUGAACCUGAUCAGGACGGUGAUGAAGGCAAAACGUGGUUCCUUGCUAAUGACAAAGUACCCAGCAGUCUAACUGAAGGUGAAGCUUCGCCCAGAGACAAAGAGGAGAAAGAUUAUUCAGAAACAAAGACAAAUAUUUAUGGACCCAGUGGAAAGUGGUCUACUGACACUGUACAAAACGUCAAUGAAAAUGAGAAAAAAUUGCUUCAUGAUGCCAGUAAAAAGUCCGAUUUAGAAGCAAAGACUUCAAAUGAUCAAGAACCCAAUGGGAGGCGGUCCACUGAGACUGUACAAACUGUCAAAGAAAAUGAAGGUGAAGCUCCGCCCAGAGAUACCGAGGAGAAAGAUGAAGGUGAAGCUUCGCCCAGAGACAAAGAGGAGAAAGAUUAUUCAGAAACAAAGACAAAUAUUUAUGGACCCAGUGGAAAGUGGUCUACUGACACUGUACAAAACGUCAAUGAAAAUGAGAAAAAAUUGCUUCAUGAUGCCAGUAAAAAGUCCGAUUUAGAAGCAAAGACUUCAAAUGAUCAAGAACCCAAUGGGAGGCGGUCCACUGAGACUGUACAAACUGUCAAAGAAAAUGAAGGUGAAGCUCCGCCCAGAGAUACCGAGGAGAAAGAUGCAUCAGAGAAACCAAAGGACCCAGACUGUGACCCGUCUAUAGUUUCUGCUGAGGUGUCGAUUGAACCUGAUCAGGACGGUGAUGAAGGCAAAACGUGGUUCCUUGCUAAUGACAAAGUACCCAGCGGUCCAACUGCUGAUCCAAUCUACAAAAAAGUUGGUGACUCUGUUGUCCUGAAUCCUGGUCAGGUUUUGGAUCCCAUUAGUAGCGUAACCUGGAAACAAGAACCGGACCUCGCCUUGGAGUGGGACGGACCAAGCGUUAUUUGUUACAGAGAUUUUAAAGAUCGCUGUAGCUUGAAUAAAAAAGAUGGAAGCUUCACUAUCAGCAACCUGACAGUAGAGGACAGCGGCAUCUACACACCUCAGAUCAACAAUAAAGUUCUCAAGAAGCUGGAACUCCAAGUUAUCGAACCGGUCCCAAAACCUACGGUGUCCGUAAAAUGCAACAAUGAGAAGACCCGCUGUAAUCUCACCUGUGAAGCAAACGUCAGCCCUGAUGUUGGAACUGUUACAUAUAGAUGGAGAAAUGGAGAGAUGGUGCUGUCCAAUGACAAAGAGCUGAUUAUAACAACGGAGGACAAGGAGAGCUCCUUCAUCUGCGAGUUGGAAAACAUUGUCAGCAGCAGCUCCAGUGAUGGAGUUGAUAACCCUCUUAGCAGAGGGAAUUAUUUGGCAAAGACUGUAAUUGUGUUACUGAUUGGGGCUGCAGCCGUGGUUCUGAUUUUGGUCGGCUGUGUUGUCUGUUGUAUGCGCAAAAAAGGGAAGUUUCCCACAUGGAAGGAAUUUUGGUGUUGUGGUAACAAUAAACCAAAAGGGACGAGUAUUUCAGAAUCCGCUACAGAACCCGAACAGUUCUACCUUUAUAAUGAGACACCAACCAUCGUUCCAACUGAAGGUGAUUUUUCUUCCAGAGAAAAAUAUGAGAUGAGCACUUCAGAGUCCGCUACAGAACCCGAACAGUUCUACCUUUAUAAUGAGACACCAACCAUCGUUCCAACUGAGAAUUGAUCAGUGGAGCCAAGUGGUCCAGAAACAUCUGAACGAGUUUCUGCAGUCUAGGACCAAAGCUGAAAAAGUCUUCAUCCGUGUGUGGAACUGCUCUGGGCCGGUCCUCUCUGGGAAGACGUGACGGACCUCAAAGCUGUUUAACCUGACGCUAUCUAGUAUUUAUUAGAUGAGCUGAUGUUUCAAAUGUUUGUACAGAACUGACAGCAACAAUUUUCUGCAGAGGGACAUGUGUCUCCAUCUCAGCAGCAAGUUGAGGAAGAAGGUGAAACAUCUGCUGUCAGGAGAGAUGAACAUGACUGGAUGAACGGAAAUACUAAAUGACCAAAGCUGCCUGACUCUAAUCAUGUCUUCAUGUUUCUUUUAUCUUUUUUAAAAUACAACAGCAGUAAAUUAUAAGGUUUAUCUGGUCAAAUAUCUCUCAUUAUGAGUUGGAUAAACUGUUUAUCAAUCAGUGGAUCUGCAGCAACAAACUUUCAUCAGAACCUUUGCACAAAGCAAGUUAAUCAUUUAAACAUUAACUUGUUUUGUGGUUUUAUUGCUGUAAAGUAUAUUUUCAUGUCAGAAACACCCUGUGUUCAGUGUUUCUCAACUUUUAGUUGGAAUCUUACUUAGAAAUCAGGACAACAUCCAGUUUAAGGCUCUGUAUCCUAAUGUGUUGCUGCUGGAUAUUGGGGAAAUGUAUUGUUUUAUUCUGGAGAAUUCAAACUUUUAAUGGUGCCAGAUGAUCUGAGAGACCUGAGCUGCAUCUUUUUCUCCCUAAUGACCAACAUACUAAAGAGAAAGACACACUUGCUUUGGAUCACAGAUAAAGGUUUUUAUAAUUGUGAAAUUGAAGACUGUCUGAGCUGUGAUUUAAAAGUAUCAGCGUUUUUGGUUGGCAUGUGGCAGCUGGAUUCGCUGUAUCCCCACCAGGGGGCAGAAGAGACCACUUGUUAUAACGCUGAAGUUUGUGUUUGGCAUGAAAAAUGUAAUUAAAUGAGAAAUAAAUGUUUGUAUGAACUAGUUUCAUACAGAUAAUGAUAUAAUAAGGUGCUUUUGUUUAAUGACUUGUUUAAUGAUUUGAGGCUUACUUGAGCAGAGUAAGCACUGAUUAUUGGUGCUGAAAAUCUAAGCCCCUAUUCUGAUGCCUAGGAUUAUCCCUUGUGUAAUGCUUCUUGUACUUUUUCUUUUAUUAAUGCAUUUCCUCCCCUCUUCUAAAAAAUAAUCCCAUCAGCAAACAAUGAGACUCCCAUAUAUGUAUCUAUAUCAGGUAAAAUGUCAUUGAUAACUGUAUAAAAAUACCAGAGUUAUUAAUUAUACUCAAUUAUACUGUCUUGAGGUGUACCAUUUUCUACUUGAUAACAUUAACUUAAUUCUCUUCAUAUUCUAACAUUAAUACUUCUUUCAAUUAGGAACUUUCUUAUCCACCUAUACAUUUCACUUUCCAUACCCAUCUGUUUUGUUUUAAUCAAUAAUCCUUUCCAUAACAUUUCAUAUGCCUUCUCCACAUCUAGAAAUAUUGCCAUUACACUUUAUUUGUUAACUUGAGCAUUUCUUAUCUUAUGUUCUAAACACAAAGCUGGAUCCAAAGUACUUUUAC